CUUCUCUGUUAUAAUUUUUGACAUUCGGCCUGACAUGCGGUCUCUAUUGUUGCGAAUGUUUGUUUACAAUAAUUUCUUUAAACGAAAUAUUUAAAUUUAAUUUCUUGAAAUGGCAAACGUUUUGUUAUCCGAAGCAGAAAAGACAUUCAUCACACAUGGAGUCGAGGAAGACUUCCGUGUUGAUGGUCGCAGUAACAUCGACUAUCGACCUAUGGAACUGGAAACGGGCAUUGUUAGUCACGCGAGUGGCAGUGCACGAUUACGUCUGGCCAAUACUGAUAUUUUAGUCGGAAUUAAAACCGAAAUCGACACACCAUACCAAGAAAAACAUGACGAGGGAAAAAUCGAAUUUUUCAUAGAUUGUUCGGCAAACGCAACGCCGGAAUUCGAAGGACGUGGUGGAGAGGAAUUGGCACUGGAAAUUUCGAACACACUGCAAAAGGCCUAUCAAUCGUCGAAGGCAUUUCAGUUGAAGAAUCUGUGCAUUUUGCCUCGUCAGCAGUGCUGGAAAUUGUAUGUUGACAUUCUGAUUUUGGAAUGCGGUGGUAAUCUAUUCGAUGCAGUUUCACUGGCAGUUAAGGCAGCAUUAUUUAAUACACGAGUACCAAAGGUCCAAGCAGCCCUGAUGGAUGGCGGUACAGUUGAUCUAACUCUGUCAGACGAUCCCUACGACUGCGAAAGACUGCAAAUCGACUCGGUUCCGUUGUUGGUAACAAUAUGCAAAAUUGGUGAACAUUGUGUAGUUGAUCCGUCAGCCGAAGAGGAAGCAUGCAGUUCGGCGAGUUUAGUCGUCGGCGUUUCGAAUCACAAUGGAAAAUGUGGAAUCACAAACAUUCGAACAAAUGGUGCCGGUUCUCUUCACAUCGACACCGUGUCCCGAUCGAUAGAGCUGGGCAUCUCAGCUGGAACGUGUUUAGAUAAAGAAUUGAUGAGAGUGUUGAACGUUGACGAAAGAUUGAACAGCGAGUCGACCAAUAAAGAAGUCUAUGGAUUUCUAAAGUGAAAAAUGCAGUUUUUCGUUCUUAUUGAAGUUUUUGAAGCUAAGAAUUCCACAAUUAAAGAAGAGUCGUCCGAACGAUACGGUAAGAAA